GCCGGGUGGAGUGGUGUGGUCAAUAAGGUCUCGCUUAGUAACUCUGAGAGUACCGAAGAUAGAUGCGUCGUCGCUCUCAAGGAAGCCGGGACGCUGCUGGAGGCGGAGAUGACGAACAAGCUGACACCCGGCACCCUAGAUACCUUGAACGCAAAAAUCAAAGACUGCGAAUUCCCAGUGCCACUCUUUAAACUCGCAGCUUCACUGCGUGCAAAUCCAAACCAGGUGACACGAGCAGAAAGCAAGGUGCAGCUGCUCCGAUUUGGAGCCGCGAACCUAUUCGCGCAGAUCGACGACCAAGGCUACAUGAUGGAGGAUGCGACACACAGGGUACAGAUAACCACAUAGUAGCCGCAUCUUUUUUAGAAGCGGCCGAUGACGUUAAGGAAGUAUAUUUAUUGAUAUAUCCACAGGGGGGGCGUGUUUCCUUGUGUCAUACAUAUGCCCCAGGGCGCAGGGGGGCCCCCGUAAGUAGAACUUGCGAGCGCCCCAUCCUAUAGACCGCGGACCGAGUCCCCCUUUCCCCCUAUUAUUAGGAAGAAGGACGCGCUUGCUCCUACGCGUGAGGCGCCACGCUUUUGAGCGUGAUUGGGGCGCGACGCGUCACGCUUAUGAGCGGGGCGCGCCCCGCUUUUAAGCGUGGCGCCUGAUGAUCUGAGGAACAUUCGCGGGAGGCCUGACGAUCUGAGGGACAUUCGCAGGGGGCCUGAUGGUCGGAGGGAUAUCACUGGGAAGCCUGACGCCCUGGGGGACUGACAUCCGGAGGAGACCUGGCAGCCUCAGGACCAUUCGUCGGAGGCCUGGCGACCUGAAGGACAUCCGCGGGAGGCUUGACGCUCUGAGGAACAUCCGCGGGAGGCCUGACGACCUGAGGGACAUCCGCGGGAGGCUUGACGGCUUGGGGAGCAUCUGGGGGAGGCCUUAGGACCUGAGGAACAUCGGGGGGGGGCCUUACGAUCUGGGGAGCGUGCUAUCUUUGGGAGGCCUUACGAUCUGAGGCCGGGGGGCCAUGUGAUAACGAUCCGAGGAACAUCCGUGGGGGGCCUUAUGAGCUCAAGAGCAUCCAUGGGCGACCUUAUGAACCCAAGGACAUCCGCGGGCUGCCUUAUGAUCUCGAGGACAUCCGUGGACCGCCUUACAAUCUCAACCGCAAGAACAUCUGGGGGCGGCCUUAUGCUCUGAGGGGUCCAAGCUCAUCCACUCUUCCGAAGUUGCUAGCUUGUGCGCGUUCGCAAAUUUCUUUGCAAAUACCUGCAGCCCAAGAAGCUGCGGCAUUCUUCUCCAGAUGCGCCUGGUCAGAGUAUAUUUGGAAAGCGCCGCGCCUGGCAGUCACCGUUGGAGGAAAAUCGUAGCGGAAAGUUGCCAACGCUCACACGCGCGGCCUUUGUCCUUGUCUCGUUAACAUGAAGCCAACAGGAGCCCCGAAAACAAAACCGACACAGCCCACACACGAGCAGGCCAGCCAGCCACUGCGCUGAGAGCGCCAGACACAGGCUGGCGAACCAGUCUGCGGCGCAGCCACCCGUCAAGUCCUCAAGUGAAUGCAUGACACCAGACCAAAAGCCCCCCAAGUCUGGGGAGACGAGAAGCAGAGGAACCAUAGAAACCAGAGACAGCGCGGAGCCUUAUGCGGUGCUGUUGCAAAUUAUUGAGAAUCCGUUCUGGGCGGUCUGCUUCUGUGCUUUCAUCAGAAAAAGGAGCAUGGAGGGCGAAAGCUUUAGAACUUUCGCGGAAUGUUUGCGGAAAGUUUGCAAGAAGUUUGGACAAUGUCGGAACUUCGUGCGUUUAUCUUUUCGGGGCCAAAGGCUCCGGAGAUGUUCCUCGUCGGGGGAGUUCUUUCGCAAAGUUUUUGCUCUUGCCAAGACUUUUUUUCAGCUAGAAAAAGAAAAACGAAGCGAGAGCCACCCCAGGCGCCCGAGCGCAGAAAGAUGGCCAACGCCGCUCCGCUAUGCCACUGCUUCGGCUUCCCCGCUUGCGUCUCCCCUGCCUUCUGCCCACCUCGAGGAGCUUGCACAGGCGUGCCGCGGCUGCAUUCCAGGCGGCGCCGGUCAUGCCUAUGACGUGCGGGCGGUCCACACGCACCCGGCGCCGGGGCUGUUAACAACUGCACACGAGGCCGCGCCGGUGCCUUUUUCGUACAUCUUUGCAAACACAGAGACAACGAGAACGGAGACCAGCCCAGGCAACUCCGUAGCCAUUUCGGCUCAAGGAUCUAAAAGCGGGGGAGUUUGUUGGCAUGGAUGUGCUUGAGCGUGUUCUGAUUCUGUUGGCUGAGAAGUGAGGGAAGCGAAUGAAAAGCAUGAACAAAGGAGCGCGCUUCUGUUUGAGUGUUUUCCACUCUGUUGAGGGUUGUAGAAUAAACACGAAGAAAGUGGGGGGCUAUAUUAAAUAGCAUUAGCUUAGUGACGUACUUAAGGCACUAAUAUGGAAAGCCUUGCCACUCUUUCCCAACAGGAUAUAAUGGCUCUUCGCACGUUGCAGCUACAGUCUGGACCUUGAAGCACGCCCCGCCUGGAAGUGCCUAGCGUUCUACCUUUGUCAAGUUUGUCACCGGUUGCAUCGGUGCCGCAUAGGUUACCAUCCUCGCUUCGCGUGUAAGUAGAAUUUAACUAUAGGACUCAUAGCACUGAUGUCCUUUCUUUGAAUUCGUGGACCCCCUAGCAAAUUUAUUGCAGCGGUUUAGUUCUUUUCUUUCGCUUUGGUUUCUUGUCCUAGAACGCUCUUCACCGCUGCACCUAAGUAACAGGCUCAGGGCAAUAACCUGCCUGACCAACCACCGCGUGGCCAUAGGUAAGAAGUAAACCGGAACUAUUUGAGACCACGACUAAAGUCAUUAGCAUCGUUCAAAACUAACGGGCUAGCACUAGGAAACAAAGCGAAAGAGGUUGCAAGCGGUGCAAUUUCAAGGGUCUGCCUCGCCUAGAAUUAUUCGCGCGGAUCAUUAGCUAACUAUCCACGGAAGUAACUCCGUAGAAUUCAAACAAACUCAAAGAACAGAGCCGGCUGCAGUUCACUAAGGUAAGGGCAUAAGUUACAAAACCAAAGCUCUCAGGGAGAGCGCUAGAAACUGUUUUUUAGCUCCCUUGACUAUUUUGAAAGCUAGCAAACAAGUGAGAAGAAAAUAGAUUAAGUCCAGCGGUGGUGGGGUAUAUAGUAAUGCAGACCGUUGCGGACUGUCUUCAAUGAAUAAGGCCACGGAAGUGGUGGCCUUGCAAGUUAAGCUAUGCCGCUUCUACAAGCAUGGAGGUGGAGCGGCCUCUUUCUACAUCGUGAACGGGCGGGGGCGUAGAGUCUUGCUGCAGUUCACUGAGGACCCGGAAGGGGCGGACUUCGACAGUAUGAAGGUGGUGAGGACGAUGAGGAAGACGAAGCGGAAGAAGAUGCGCAGGAAGCUGACGAAGACGAAAAUACCAUGGAGGAGCCAGAGAGCAAGAGCAACAAGAAAGCCCCCACUUCUGCACUACCAGCAGGGACGAGGGUGAUUCUAGAAAAUCCUCCGAAGAUGUCGCAGGCUACCGGUUCUCGCAUGGAGUACAUUACCGAGGUAGCUGAGUGGCGUCGGAUGUGCGGCCAGUAUUUUACUUCGGAUGCGGAAACGCUACACAUUUUUUGCAAACAGGCUCUGGAUGGGCUGCAACUACGUGGAGCGCUGAGGCACGAGACCCAGUGGGAGCCUUUCUUAGCGAAAGUGAAGGAGUUACAUUUAUCCCCCCGAUGACGCGCAGCAGAAGCUUGUCGCUUGGAGUACGCUAGUGGACUCCGUGAGGGGGAGCACCUAGGACCCCGGGAAAGCUCUGCCUACAAGAAUGGGCGAACGCUCACACCGCCACGCAGAGGGCUGGCGUGCUGAUUACAGAAACCUUGGCUGGCGUCUUUCUUUUCCAAGGCGCAGAGCUAUCGGAAGUGGAGCGCACGGCGGUACUUCUUGGCAACAUCAAGGGCGACCUUAAAGCUGACAAAGUCAAGCAAGCCACUCGGAAGGCAGCAGCGGAGGUCGUCGAUGAGUCUACCCCCAUGAGCAAAACGGCCCUGACAACAACCGCGAAGAACUGCGGGCAUUGUGGAAAGCCGGGGCAUGUUGUGGCCUAAUAUUGGAACAAGCGCCCGCGCCUUAAGCCGGGAGGAGCAGCAGCCAAGAGCGGCGGCAAGGGCAAAGGCAAAGGUAAGAAAGACGGGAGGAAGGCCUGAAGGCCUACGGGAGUUGUUUUCGAUCGAUGUCGGAAGUUUCGAAACAACUCUCAGCGAGGAGUUACAAAGAGGGGCGGCGCGUAAGGUGAGACUGAAAGUAACCACUGACAAAGAGGAGGAGGCAGGUUAUUUCAGUGAUUUACAUAGGAGGCAAAGUAGUCCAAAGGACUACGGUCAAAGUUUUUGAUUGACUCAGGCGCUACAGCGCACAUAGCUACCUAACGACUCAAACUUGUGAAAGGACAAGCUAAGCGCAACAGCUAACAUUACGCGCGCAGAUGUGAAGAGAUUAGAGAAGCUAGACACUUGCGAGGUGCAAGAUGUGAAGCCCAAGAAACUGACCGCCGAAAGUUUCCGAAAGUUUCUGAAAGUUCAACGCAUCGACCGACCUCUGACCAAUCAAAAGGCUGAAGCGCGUGGCGCGAUUCUUGCCGCGCGCCGCGGCUCUCUUUGUUGCUCUCUCGCUCUGUCAGUCUCUGCCCCCUGCCUGUCACACCGGGCCCAUCUUCACUCAAAGCGCGAAGCCCGCUGCCCUUUCUUAGGUGUGUGCGCGCUGGCUCUUUUAUUUGUCAGCCUCUCCUUCACUCUGUCAGCCUCCGCCCCUCUUCGCGCGGUGGGUCUUCGCCGUCUCUGUGCGAAUGUGUGGGGGGCUACCUUACUGGCAAAAAAUAACUAGCCAACGAGCCCCCAUCGCUCGACACAUGCACCGACGCCGUCGCGCUUCUUUUCUUAUUUAUUACAUGAUUGAAAGCAGGGAGGCGCGCUAAGUUCUAUACAUGCGCACACUUGCAGCACUGCCUAGAUGCUGGGCUCAUGCAUGUGCCUAGAAACCCACGCAAGCGCGCCAGAGUCGACGCGUCUACUUCUACAGAGAAAGGCGCUGCAGCUUCCUUUUGUCAGCAUCCAUCGAUCUUGCCAAAAAGAAAGCAAAAAAAAACGCAAAGAACAAGCCACCGCGUUUUUCUGUUUUUUUCCGUUUUUUUCCGUUCUCAUAUUUCGGCUCACUUUUCCAGCUUCUGUCUAUUUCCGUUUCUUACUUUCCGCCUCCCUGUUUCCGUCUUCGUGGGUUUUUUCUGUUUCUUUCCGUCUUUUUCCGUUUUUUCUUGUUCCUUUCCGUUUCUUUCUGUCAAGAAUUUGUUUCCGAAAAAAAUUAACGGAGAAAGCCGGAAACUUUCGGAAGCUUUCGGAAACUUUCGGAAAGAAAGAGACGGCGAAAACAGAACGAAACGGAAAUAGACGGAAAAAGACGGAAGCCUGACAGCCCCAAAUAUGAAAACAGAAAAAAACGGAAAAAAGCGGAAAAGGGCGGCGGCUUGUUUGUCUUUCGGAAACUUUCAGAGGGCUUGGCGUUUUUCGUUGAGAUUUCGACAGGCGUGCCGCCUACUUGUAUAACUGUUGGCCAAGAUCGCAAUCCUGGAACUAACACAAAGAUCCACCAAGAUCCUAGGGAUGAAGAUCAACGAAAUGACCAAGAUCGCCAGGCGAACAAGGUACCCGCCGGCACCACUUUCAGCGCGUUGGCCUUAGUUGGCGCGGGUGUCGAGGUCGACGGUUUUCCCCUUCUCUCUCUCGUUUGUUGUCUCAAGCAUCCCAACACCGUCAAGGACAAAGCACCACAGGAAAGAUCUCAAGGAAACCGACAGACCUAAACGCAUGCAGUUCCGCAAUCAAUGAGCAACAGGCACAGGACCUCCAACGUAUUCAGAUAGCAGAAAAAAUGAAUGCCCAUAGCUGUAAUCAGGUUCGUAGCGUCUUGCCAGUUCUGAUCAAUGAUGGGCAUCGAUGUAGGGCGAUCGUAUGCGAUCAAUGGCGAUAGCAUAGGCGUUCCCAUAUGAAGCGCGUGAAGCUUUCCCCAUCAUGGUACCCCAAUGAAGAAGCUGAGACUUCCGCCCUGCAACCUAAAUGAAUACCCACAGGGAUCAAACCAGCCAGAGGCCAUCUGUCUCAGGUUGUGGGGCCAAUUUGCAUCAAGUUCAGCGCUUCUCACCGAGAAACUACACGUGACUAAACGGUCUGCGUUCGAGUGGUCCAGCACUAGCCUGACCCUUGAGCUUAGAAUAGAGUAGAAAUCCAUCUAGAAACAGCUUCUCAAAAUGUCCGGCGAUGCGAAAAAAAAUUUCGAAGAAACUCGGGCAGAAGUCUGACCGGCGAGAAUGGCAGCGCGCCACACGUCAGGAAGCUAGCCGCCUCGGCUUGCUUCAAAACUGCACGAAUGUAGUUGGCGUGCCGGCAGCUCCUCAUGGUAUUCCCAGCGGAGUUAUCGCCCGGGAGGACGCAAUCCGUCAAAAGUGGCGCAACCUGAAGGACGCGGUCGCCCGUAGUCUGAGAGGUGCCGCUGCGUCGUUCAUAAACAACCAGAACGAUAGCGGUCAGGUGGAUGCGAUGGAUGCAGGUGGGGCUGUUGUGCUCCUGCGUGGUGUAGGGCACUCCGAUCAAAACAACCGCCAGGAGCAACGAAUCAAGGCAAAACUUCUCGCGGAUGGUUUGCUGAAGUUCCACAACACGGAACAGCUUGCAGAUGUCAAGGGAUUCUUGUCGAAAGUCCGGGACAUCGUGAACCAGUCGCCCACCGUGUACCCGCCGGAAGCAGGAGCGCGCCGCCAGAAAGUGACCAGCAGAGUGGUGCACUGCUGCAGAAGUUGCCCGAGCUGUUCUGCAAGAACUUCAAGGCAACGAUCGAACGCAUGCAGGAAGAGGAUGGUCUGACAUUUGACCAGAUCGGUGACCGACUUGAGAAGCGUCUUGCGACGUUGAUCGAGGAGGGAACCCACAAAGUUGAGAGCGAUUCCUUCGGGAAGGCGUUCCCGGUCAAUGUUCAGGAGACCUCGAAUAAACGCCCUCGGGAGGAAGACAAGAGGAUGGCGAGGAAGUGGCCAAUGAAGGCGGCAAGAUCUUUCUGUCUAAAAGUGCCCUCAAGCGCAGAGACAAUGAAUGCCCAUAGCUGUAAUCAGGUUCGUGACGUCUUGUCAGUUCUGAUCAAUGAUGGGCAUCGAUGUAGGACGAUCGUACGCGGUCCAUGAUGAUAGCAUAGGCGUUCCCAUAUCUAUGAAGUGCGUGAGGCUUUCCCCGUCAUGGUAUCCCAAUGAAGAAGCUGAGACUUCCUCCCUGCAGCCCCAACGAAUAUCCACAGGGAUCAAACCAGCCAGGGGCCAUUUGUCUCAGGUUGUGAGGCCAAUUUGCAUCAAGUUCGGCGCUUCUCAGAUCUCUCGGCGUGUCGGCCUUGUCUUAUGCCUGUGCGCGCGUGUCUAUGUAAUAGACACCGGCAGCACGCUACUAGCCACAUGCAAAGAACUGCCCCCCAGCAGUAAGGUGGCAGGCGAGCCUGCUGGCCUUGCUGGGUUUAGUUCUUUAGUGCCAUCAGAUAUAUCUAGAAGCUAACGAGUAGGCGCGUGCGAUAGUUUCAACCAAUGACAGAGGAGAGGCGCCGACGCAACUGCGCACAUAUAAGAUAUAAGCGAACAGCCCGAGUCUUGAGCACGUGGGCCAGCUCGGUCAAGUAUGUGCGCAGCUGUCGGCCACCUUGUUGCUGCUUGGUGUGUUUUUGAAUAUCUACGCACAUGCGGGGGGGGACGUCCGUGGCAUCUUGCGGGGCUGGCUCGCCUACGUAUAUUAUAGCCAGGGCUAUAUCUGUCGAAGAACUGGCCGGGCUUUUGGCUUUGCCUUUUGUUCAGCAACAGGCGCAAGCAUGUAAGUGCGCUAACAGUCAACCGGCUACCUAAGUUCUUGGGCAUCUCACUGAAAAACGGGAAGAGGGGGCUCCGUCAUAAGAUAGCGCUUAGCUUGGCCUCUUGUCGGUCUCGUUCUAGAGCUUUGGGGGCGUUUUACUAUAGCGCUGACGGCUGUGACGGUUCUCGCACUAUGUGAAAGUGACGCUUCCGCUUUGUUCGUACAGCAAGAGGCUACGCCUGACUGAGGGCCUGCCGCUCUUUUUGAGCUGUGUGACUUUUAUGAUGUAUUUCGUGCGCAUCUGGCUGCAGAUAGUAGCGAGCUGAUUCACUUACAGCGUGGUGACUCAUUACUCAGCCCCCAUUGCUGGAAAACGUUAGAGGCCCAGACGGUAAAUGUAACCACAUCGAAAAGAUCGCAGCACGUCGAGGGCGUGGGAGUAUUCUGACUGGUAACGUGAAGGACCUCGCUCAGAAGUCGCGCCUUUUGUUGCCUGACAGUCAAGCGGGGCGAUUAGCUGGCGACGCGAUUCUCCGCAGAGGGGUUCGCUGCGCUCUCUUUCUAUUCUCGUCUUAAGCUUACUAUUGUUGAAGAUAACGGCCAGCAACUCAGCUAAGGGGAUAAGGUUACUAAAUCGGCUGGCUGAAUUAUUAGCAAAAUUGAGGCACAGCUCAAGGCCUGCUUAUCUCUUUCUUCGAAGGGCGUAACUUGAUGGAUCAACUUGCAGGAGCGCUACGGCAGGAGCUGGGCGCAUUGAAUAAGGGAAAGGGGACCCAUCUCGCGAGCCACUUACUUCGAGGCGAAUCCUAGGCAUCAAGACACUGGCGGGCGGUCUCUUAAUGAGAGCGCCGCGCGCUAUUUUUGUACCUUGUGGAUUUCUUAAACACCCACGACGAUAGGCCUGGACACGUGCGGGGGGGCACUGCGAUGGCAUCCCAAGAGGGACGACACUUAGCGCCCCAAAAGUACUGAAGUAGGGGCUGGCUCUUAUACGAGAGAAGACGCGGAUGGAACCCGCGGGAGCUGAUUCAAGUGCUUCAGAUUAGGCAGUGGCAGGGGUGUGGCAUGGCGAUGGCUGUCGCUGUGGUUUGGUAGCCGAGCCUGAGGGCGAGCGGGCGAGGGGAGUCGGGUCGUGGUGUGUUCUGUUAUCUCCACGCCACUCGUCUCGGCUUGUUGCCUGAGCUAAUCCCAAUGGCUUCAGGUCAGCGCCAGCCCGAGCCCUGCCCAGGCGUCUGGGUCCCGUUCUCUUCUUUCUUGCUUCAGGUUCGGCGGGGCUCGAAGCCCAGCGCCGCUUCGCUUUCGUCUGAGCUGAUCGGCAUUCUCUUGAUUUGUGUUCGCAUCAGCUAGCGAGGCGGGAGCUAGCUGGGGCGCGCGGCUGGGCGUGGCUGGGCUUAGUAGCCAGAGCGAAGCAAGCACAAAGAUAAGAGGCCAAAUGGUGAAGCACUGGACUCAGAAGCGAACAAAAGACCACCGCCGUGGCGGUGCUUGGGUUUCGCAGUCUUUCGCUUGUUGGAGACCACCGCGUCGAUGCGAAACAUGGCCGCGAGAUCUUCGCGAAAAGUUGCCCGGGUUGGUCUUCGUUGCCUCUGUCUUUUUGAGUAUGGAAAAGGAGGCGGCGCGGCCUCGGGUGCUUUGUCUUUGUGUUGUGUUCCUCUGUUGUUGACAGCCCCGGCGCCAGUUGAGUGCGGACCGCCCGCACGUCAUUGGCGUCGGCGCUGCUUGGAAUACAGCCGCGGCACGCCUGUGCAAGCUCCUCGAGGUGUAGAGAACCCGGGCGGAGGACGGGGGAAACGCAGGCGGGGAAGCAGUGGCAAAGCGGGGCGGCGUUGGCCAUCUUUCCGCGCUUGGGCGCCUGGGUUGGCGCUUCGUUUUUUUCUCUAUAUGAAAAAAAAAAAUCUUCGCGAAAAGUUUGCGAAAUCUUUCAAAAGAAUCUUUGCGGAAUCUUUCCGAAAAGAUAAGCGCACGAAGUUCCAACAUUGUCAAAACUUGUAAACUUUCCGCAAACAUUCCGCGAAGAUUUUGAAGCUUUCGUCUUCCAUGUUUUUUUGGUGAAGACAUGGAAAUAAGUCGCCGAGAACAAACUCGCAACAGCUUGCAACGAAACCGCAUGGGGCUCCGCGCUUGUCGUCUGUGGUUUUUGUGGUUUCUCUGUUCUUCUCUCCAGGCUUGGGAGGCCUCUGGCGUUGUGCAUUCGUUUGAGAAUUUGGCGCGAGGCUGCGCCGCGGACUGGUUCGCCGGCUUGUGAUGCUCUCGGCGCAGUGGUUGGCCUGUCCGUGUGUGGGUUGUGUCGGUUUCGUUUUCGGAGCUCCUUUGGGCUUCGUUUUAAUGAGACAAGGACAAGGGCCGCGCGCGUGAGCCUCGGCAACUUUUCGCCAAGAUUUUCCGCCACCGGUGAUUGUCGGGCGCGGUGGUCUCCAACGCUUGGAAGAAUGUCCCCAGAUUUUGGGCGUUUUCACUCAUGUCCCCGCAUUUGCAUAAAAGCGAGACACUUGCUGCCACGCAGUCGCGUUUUUUUUUUUUCUGCGUGGUCAGUCGUCCAGAAAUGCCGCCAAGAAAGUUUUCCCCACUCUCAAAAGCUGAGCUUGUUAACAACAAAGGUGGGCUUGAACGUGUGCCAUGAGUUUCGUCUGAGUUAGGGCACGAGUUAAAGCGCAAAGCGCAACCGCUGGGGGGGGCUCUAACAUGAUCACACAGGUGAACAUCCUAGAGCAGGAUCGAAAGGCUUUUGGGGCGUCUUUCUUCUGCGUAGUCACAUUCCAGGUUUCUUCGGCUCUGGGCUUGCUCCGCACGAAGUCACUGCUAGGCUUGGCCGAUGGUUAAGCUAACUGGUAGCGCAGUCCGUCUCCACGGUUUAGGUCCUCUGUGUCUAGUUUGGUUUUACUCUCGUAGCGGUCAACUUUUGCCAAUGCGUCACGACUCGACUGCUCCGCGUAUCUAAUCUUUUUGCUCAUAUGACAUCUUGCGUUGGCGUCAGUUUGUUUCUCAAGUGCUGACGUGUCUCCCUAAGUCUAGAAGUGUAGGCUUGACGAUUAGGAGCGUAGUAGGUCGAUUUUUGCUAUUUGUUGGUCAUGUAUGGCCCAAGCCUCUCGGAUGCCGUGUUGUUCUGUUCUCAGUGGCUCACGCUAAGCCUCGCGCUCGACUGUCAUCGGGAUGAUCUCGAAGGGCACGAAUGUCAAUGAUCAUGGAUGCUACUUCCAAUGCUCAAUCAUAGUGAUCAAUGGAUAGACUGGGUAUGGCUAUCCUGAUCCUAGUCGUAUGAUGCAUGUUCAGUCCGAUCCCUUCUGACGUGCUUACGUUGAUGAUGAGUCGUGGCCCAUCUUACCCAAUGAACCAAACAGGGACUACACCAGCCAGUGACCAUAAGUCGCCGGCAGGUAUACGGGGACUUGCUUGCGUUCAAGAUUCAGACUUUGCGUUUCCACUGACUGAGAUACGAACUUGGCUCGGAGGCCUGUGCUCUUCCUUGUGGUCCAACACUGGCCUAACCCUUGAGCGGCAAAAGUGAAUAGAUAACUGGAAGUACAGCAGUGAAGUAAGUAAAUCCAUCAAAAUGCCCUGCGACGCGAAGGAGAUCAUCAAGAAGCUAGGACAGAAAUCCGACUGGCGUGAGUGCUGUACGUCAAGAAGCUAGUCGCCUAGGUUUACUCGAAAACUACACGAAUGCAGUCAACGCGCCGGCCGCUCCGCAUGGUGUGCCGCAAGGUAAUACUUACCAGUCGCGAAGACGCGACCCGCCAGAAGUGGCGCAACCUGAAAGAUGCAAUCACUCGCAGUCUGAAAGGUGCGGCCAGGUCGUUCGUCGACAAUUGAAUCGGAACAACGAUGGCGCGGUGGACGAAGUGGAUGCUGGUGAAGUUGUUGUCUUCCUUCGUGACCAACAAGGGAACUUCAACGCGAACAAUCGCCAGGAGCAGCGCAUGAAGGUCAAGCCGUUGUCGGAGGGACUGACGAAGUUCCACAACAGCGACCAGCCUGCUGAUGUCAAGGAGUUCCUGCCAGAGGUCCGUGACAUCAUGAACCAGUCGCCCGCCGUCUUUCCGCCGGGUGCAGAUCUGCCCGAAGCUGAUCAACAGAGCGGGGCGAUCCUGCAGAAGUUGCCCGAGUUGUUUUGCAAGAGCUUCAGGGCGACGAUCGAGCGGAUGCACGAAGGAGAUGGUCUGACAUUUGACCAAGUUGGGGACUGACUUGAGAAACGUCUCACGACGUUGAUCGAGGAGGGAACCUACAAAAUUGAGAUCGAUUCUUUCGGGAAAGCGUUUCCGGUCAAUGUUCAGGAAACCUCGAACAAGCGUCCUCGUGAUGAUAAGAAUGAGGAUGGUGACGAGGUAGAGGCCAAUAAGGCAGAUGGUAAGGCUUUCGCUUCUGCUAACGCCCUCAAGCGUUUCAAGCAGAAAGAAAAGGAAAAGGCAGUCGCCGAGGUCUACAACUCUUACGGGUACCAACCCAAAGGAGGGAAGAACGGCGGAGAAAAGCCGAAGAAAGAUAAAGGAAAAGGAAGUAAAAACACCUAUCCACCCCGCUGCUAUUGCUGCAACAAGGUUGGACGCAAGUCCUCCGAGUGCUGGCAUAACACGCAGGCCCUUCAACAGGGACAGGGAAGCUGGACUACCGGAGCCCAGAGGCAAAAGCUGGAAAGGGUAACCAAACUGGAAUGGUGCACAUGUCGCAGAUUGCGGAGCUGUUCAGCGUCAUGAACUCGCACAAGCAAGGCUGAGCGACGGAACCGCACGAAGCUGGGAAGUGUUCGCUGAAUUUCGAGGAGGAUGAAAUCACGACAGAUGUUGAUAAUCAUGAUGAUAGCUACAACGGAUGCAGACGGUUAUAGUUUUACAACCUUGAACACUAGAACAUCAGAAGACGCAGCUCUAGUCUUUCAUGACACAGAGGCGAUUUCGAUGAAAUUGGCAACAACAUUGGUAGAAUAACUGGAAGCGCAGGCACCAAAGACGGGAGGAUAGGAAAACUCAAGAGCAACGUGCUUGGAUUAAAGAAUGGAGCUAAGUUUAUUAUGAGUCAGGUCUUGGGAAUAUAGAUCGCGCACUGCCAUGGUUAGGAGACGGAAACUGCUCGCAAUUAGGGUGGGGAUUCAACUUUAAAGGCGCCGGCGGUUGUAUCGUGCACACGGACACCGGCCAGAUGCUACCCACCAGAGCCCACCCACGCUUGCAGCUACCCGCGCUUACAUGUGCUGUAGUUUCUUUGGAGACAGAAUUGAAAAUGGUUUGAUUUGUACAUCCAUCGAAGAAGGUGCCUCCAGUUGCUAUCUUACGAGAUUAGAACUACACAGAAGACGCGGAUACUUUCACGUAGACGGUUUACAAGUUAGCUGCCUUGGAUGCGACCUACAUAAAGGACAACGAAAAACCCAUGCAAAAUCUAGAGACGUGACCACCUACAAACCCGAAGCGAACCCCUCAAACUACUAGCAAUAGACUUUGCUGCAGGGAUAGAACUUAUUUCAGUUAGAUCUAUGGGAUGCGUUCUAGUCGUCAUAUGUGACGUAGUUAGGAAGGCGCUUUGUGUUGUCGACCGCUCAAGCUGAAGAGUGUGUGACUGUGUGGAGGAAAUAGAACAAGUCAUAAAAGGCAUCCGCCAGGACUACCCCUUAUCGCUAGAUGACAAGGUAGCGUGGUUCAUCUGGAGGGAUGGCGAGCCAGUCCUCGGCAGUGAUGACAUGACCAAGCUCAUGCAAUCGCUGCGGGUCUCAGACAGUCCGGCUGCUCCAUAUAGUCCGGGAAUGAGUGGGGCCGUCGAAAGUUUUAUGCGGACCUUGUUCGGCAGUGUGAGAACAAUGCUAACGAAGGUCGGCCGACGUCUCUGGUGUUACCCUUACUGUGUAGAGUACGCUAGUGACUGCUGGGACCGUCUUCCGCAUAAUUACGCGAAAACGCCAGAACGCGACGACAGGAGUCCAGUAGAGACUCUGGAAGAAAGAACUGGUAGAAAUGCCCCCAAAAGCAAAAUCGGCAUGCUCCGCCGAUUUGGUUGCCUUGUUUACUUUCGUGAACGGCAACAGGGGUUCACGAAAGUAAGGGGGGUUCUUGUUUACUUUCGUGAGGCUGGGCCAGCAAUCGGGGUUCUCUGGCACGGGGCGCGCCUCAGGUGGCCCGACCGGUGUCGCCGAAGAACUGUAUGCUGACACAUUAGACAAGGAAGAAUCUGGUGUGGCUGACUCUCUUAAAGGUGUUUCACUUGAGGAGGGGAAAGCUGAGACGAAGGAUGGAAUCUCUGACCCGCCUCGUCCGAUUAGAUCGAAGCCGCUAUCUCCCGCGCGUGUUGUGGCAGGAGGCGAACGCCAUACACAGACACGGCAAGAAGCGUGGCCGACCGAAAGGAGCCAAGGAUAAGGCUGGAGGCAGGAUUCGUAGAACAAAGAAACAAAUGGAAGAACUGAGAAAGAGGCUGGCGCUGUUCGCGAGUGCUCUUGGUGGCACGUGUGAGAUAGACGAAGAUGAGGAAGUCGUCGAGUCGCAUGUGAUAUUGUCCGUAGCUAAUGCGUUGGAGAGUCCUGAAGCUGAAAAGUGGAAGGAUGUCGUAGACAUUGAGCGCGCGAGACUAAUAGCCUUUAAAACGUGGGAAGAACAGAAGCUACUGACGAGCAGCUAUCGACCGCGUUGCAGGCUCUACCAAUUGCAACCAUACUGACAAAGAAGAGACGUGGAAAAUACAAGGCAAGAGCCUGCGCACUCGGUAAUUUAGAUCGUUCGGGAGAGCUAAACGCCUUUGCUCCCGUUGUGUCGCAUGCUGCUAGGAGGUUGCUCCUCAUUUCUGCUGCGUCAGAGGGGGACUAUGUGACCCCGUUCGAUUUAGAUUCAGCGUUCCUAAAUCAAUGCUGAACUCGAUCGAGAUGUCUACUGCCGUCUUCCACCCAUCUGGGCGAAGCAGCAUGGGCGUGAGAUCGUGAAGCUCAAGAAAGCUCUAUACGGCUUGAAGGAUGCACCACGGGCAUGGUUCAAGAAGUAUUGGAGCCCGGGGCCGCUGGUAGUUACCACUUUCGAAAAAUUCCGCAAAAAUUUGAAAACCCAAGACCCAAGCCCAGCCGAAUGCACAACCAACCACCCCAGAAGGCUCACACACCUAGAGGCACCCAGAGACGGAGACAAUGCCGAAACGGCGAACCCCUGAGCAAUCCACGACCCGAACACAAGCCGAGCGCCUGCCUCAGAGCCUGCAAUCAAUCAGCUAGCCCUUGCCCCCCAGCCACCUUCCAGAGCCCCCCGGGGAGAAAGACAAAAGGGCCCACACCUCGAGACCACCGCGCCCCCCCUCACUCCCGUCCACCCCUGUGGACCCAGGAAUGAAAAUAAUUUCCGAAGAAAUUACUUUCAUACCCAAAAUAAAUUAUUUCUAGAAAAUUUCUAGAAAAUUCCUAGAAAAUUCUAGAAUAAUUUAUUUUUUGCCAUCUUAUGCGGCUAUAUUAUUCCAAAAUAAUUUAUUUUGCUAAAAAAGGGCCCACCGAGGUGCCCACGAAGGCACCCCGCAGACCCCUGCGUGGCCCCUUGGGUAAGAAUCGGGCACCCGAGCCCCCAGGAGGCCAGAAAGCUAAGCAGCGACACCGCCAAGCCCUAAACCUGUCGCCCCGACUGCCCUUAACCCACCGAACCCCCAGCGCACCUCUCUGCCACCGAGCUCGACCACCAGCACCCCGCUCCGAUCCAAAGGCCCACCCCAACCCCCUGCGGCCUCCGAUCAUCCCAGCAGACAACUACGCCACCAAGCAGGCCCCUGAGCUCCUGCAGAAAUACCCGCCCAAACCUGCCGAAGAGAUACCCACACAAGCAACCCACAACGCCAAGCGAUUGGAAAUUUUUUGGGAAUGUUUUUAAAUAAUAACUCCUCGAUGCUCAGGGCUCCAAGAAGUACCGCGAGACUCUGGCCAGUCUUGGUUGGGGGCCGUGUACUUCUGCGCCUGGAUUGUGGCGCAAGCCGAGCAGCAAAGCACCAGGGAAGUUUCUAAAGAUGUCAGUCUACGUAGAUGACAAUCUUGCUACAGGUCCUGACCAAGAUGAGCCCAGGACCGAACUAGGCCUCAUUUUCUCACGUGCUCCAGGCCGUGCGAUUGAUGUCGAGUCAGUUCUGACCCCGUGGGGUCGCGAAUGGCUAAAGUUCGACUUCUUAGAUGCGAUCGUGUACUAUGGCCGUGAAGCUAAGGCGUUCCGACUAUGCGUGGAGCAGUACAUCGAUAAAAUUGCUGAGAAGUAUAAAACUCAACCAGGGAAACCGGUCCACUCGCCCAAUUUUGACGAAACAACUUUUCUGGAAGACCGGAUCAAGAUAGUUGACUGGUAUCCCUUUCGUGAGGUAGUUGGUGCCUUAUUAUGGGUAGCUGUAACCGCGCGCCCGGGCAUCUACUCUGUACCGGUAGCGGCGCUGGCUAGACAUGUCAGUAAACCCACGCCCACAAGAAUGGCCAAAGCAGCCACGAAAGUGCUGAAAUAUCUGGUGACAGCAAAAGACCAAGGAGUAGAAUACUCGCCAGAAAAGGGAGAAGAAUUCAACAAGAUACAUGAGAAACUUCUACCAGAAGGCAGAGACAUGCCAGAAGUGAACAUAUUCAGUGGUGCUGGUUUCGCCAAUUGCUGACGAUCAAGACAAUGAGAAGCGCAAGUGGAUCCAUGAUGUACUACAAAGGUACACCAAUAGCGUGGAGGAGUAACAGACAAACCGUCAGAGCCUGCUCAACGGCCGAAAGUGAGUAUAUUGCAGCCUCUGACACAAUAGCGCUCAGCGAGAUGCAUGACUUUGCGGACUUCUAUAGGCCUCUUCCAACUCAGUUGGUACACACACAAAGCGGCUUGCCACCCUCCUUAGACAAUGCUGCAUUGUGGAUAGGCAACCAGUCUGCAAUCACAACAGCCAAAGCAACAGACACUCGCUCUAAAAGUAGACACUACGCUCUACGUUACUUAAGAGCGCGUGACGCUGCUUGCUAGUAAGAUCGUGCUCUGUCCUACCAACUUGAUGAAGGCAGGCCCACCUUCGAAAAAAACCUGCAGCGCCACUCAGCGUAGACUUAUGCUACACCACGUAGAUAACAUAAUAACUAAGAGUAGAGACGAUAACUGUGACCCCUCUGAUGAUGAAACAGAUUGGGACGGUUUAGCUUACUAUAGCGUAGUAUAUUCGGUUUAUUUUGGUUUCUAGCAUACAGUAGCCAAGACGCUAAGAGAUAUGAUUGCCGUGAGCGUGACAUGGUACACAGUGAGCUGAGGCUGUCACGUGAGACAGACUUCGACCCGCAUCGAUUGAGGAGGGGCGUUGGUCAUGUAUGGCCCAAGCCUCUCGGAUGCCGUGUUGUUCUGUUCUCAGUGGCUCACGCUAAGCCUCGCGCUCGACUGUCAUCGGGAUGAUCUCAAAGGACACGAAUGUCAAUGAUCAUGAAUGCUACUCCCCAUGCUCAAUCAUAGUGGUCAAUGGAUAGACUGGGUAUGGUUAUCCUGAUCCUAGUCGUAUGAUGCGUGUUCAGUCUGGUCCCUUCUGGCGUGCUUAUGUUGAUGAUGAAUGGCCCAUCUUACCCAAUGAACCAAACAGGGACUACGCCAGCCAGUGACCAUAAGUCACAGGCAGGCGCGCUGAGGCUUGCUUGCGUUCAAGAUUCAGACUUUGUGUCUCCACUGAGAUACGGACAGACUUGGCUCGGAGGCCUGUGCUCUUGUGGUCCAACGCUAUUAAGUGACGCGCUUUGUUUUAUGUUUUAUCUUUCAAGUUUUCACUUAUUCGGUUGUCGAUGUGAUGCCCUAUGAUGGUUUCAGAUUGUGUCUGUCUGCGAUGUUUCAACUUCGGAAGUCUAUGCGUGCUCCUUUCGGAUGGGGUUGGGGUUUCUCUCGUUAUCAGGACGCUUCAGCCUACGCCAAGUCGCUCUCGCUUGGAACAAGUGACAGGAAGCCUCUACCUUUCAGAUCUCUGCGCGAUCUCUUUCUCUCCCUGAUGAGGUUGGUUCGCUUAGUCUUAAGGCUGUCGUAAGAGUUAUGUCCACUGAGUUUUUUAAUGUUGUUGCAAUAACUUGAAGGAUUUGAGCGGUCGCCUGAGGUCGAUAGGGUUAGCUGGGUUUGACUUUGUCGGGCCCAGUUUUGGUUUCGGGGGCAGUCUUUCUUGUCAUUUCCUUUCAUCUGCGAGAAAUAAGAUUUUUCAGAUUUUUCUCGGGUUGGAAAAGAGACCUUACCUCUCGAGAAAAAAGCUAAAGAAACGGCUAAAAAACGGCUAAAGUUUUUAGUCUUUUUCCCGUGUGAUCUCGCUUAGAAGUCGCCCGCUUUUGCUUUUGGGGUCGGUUUUUUUAGAGCGCGCCCGCUGAGGUUCUUUGGAAAGAUGUGCCGCCGACUUUUUUAACCGUUCGUUCCCAAAGUUGGCGACUUUUUAGCCGUCAUCAGGGUCAGCCUCAGCCAUUUCCUUUGUUUGCGGAUUUGUCGCCUUGAUUGGUGGCCGUUUUCUGGUUUUUUAACUGGUUCCCGCGCGGUCUUGGGAAGCUUGCCUUCGGGCAGCGCAGCCGUGACGCCGAUGGCUGGGUCGCAUCUGACGCACCUGUCGCAUUCCCUUGGCAGGCCUCGAGUUGUGGCGUGGUGCUCGUGCAAGCGGCGCGGGGUUGGCUGGGUGGUGCGCGUGUGGACGUUGAGGCCCCGCAUCGUGCAGCGCUUGCCUGGGGUGGGGUUGGGCGUCCACGUCUUGGAGACCGCCGCGACGAUGUGAAAGACGUGCGCGAAAUCUUUGCGAAAAGUUGCCGGGGCUGGUCUUCGUUGUCUCUUUGCUUGAAAGGCCAAACCAGGCGCCGAAGCGCCUGGCGCUGCUUUUCGUUUGUUCUGUGUUUCGUCGUUGGUGGCAGCCCCGGCGCUGGUUCGUUGUGGACCGCUCGCAUGCCGCUGGCAUCGGCGCCGCCCCGGGUGCAGCCGUGGCGCGGUUGUGUGAGCCCCCUGAAGCGUCGGACACCGGGGCGGAGGACAGGGGAAACGCAGGCGGGGGAGCAGUGUCGCCAUAAGCUGGCGGCGGCCAUCUUUCCCCGCUUGAACACCUCCAGCGGCUUCCUAUCUCUUCUGUCACUUUAGAAAAAAAAAAUCUUGGCGAAAAGUUCGCGAAAAAAAUCUUUGAAAAAUCUUCGCGGAAUCUUUCCGAAAAGAUAAGCGCAUGAAGUUCCAACAUGGUCAAGACUUUUAAACUUUCCGCAAACAUUUCGCGAAGAUUCUGAAGCUUUCGCCUUCCGUGUUUUCUUGGUGAAGACAUGAAAACGAACCGCCAAGAACAAGCUCGCGACAAUGUGCAGCGGGAGCGCAUAAGACUCCGCGCCUUCUGUGACUGCUUUGUGUGGUCUUUCAUUCUGUUUCUCUCUCCAAAGCUGUGUAGCCUUUUAGGCUGUGCAUUUGUUUGGAAAUUUGUCGGGCGGCUGCGUCGUAGGCUGGCUCGUUGGCUUGUGGUGCUCUCAGUGCAGUGACUGGGCUGGCCGUGUGUUGGUUCUGUCGGCUCUGCUUUCAGAGGCUUAGCAGACGCCGCGUGAAUUGGGCAGGUGUGAAACAAGCGGCGCGCGUGAGCCCCGGCAACUUUUUGCCAAGAUUGUCCGCCGUCGGCAGUCUUCGGGCGCGGCGGUCUCCAGCACGUCAGUCAGGUUGCGUGGACUGGGUCGCGUGGUUCGGGAGUGGGUGCCGGGGUCACGGUUCGCUGGCUCCUCGAAGUGUGGCCUCAACGUCUGCGCCGGUGAGCCUCGCGGGCUGGUGUGGUGUCGGCUCUUUGUGUCGGGCCUUUUCUUGAGGUGUCUGCCUCGAAGUGUGUGGGGCUGCUUGCUGGAGGCCGGCCCAGGUGCAUGCGCUAGACUCGCGGGCGCCUGUUAUAGCAUUGUGGUGGCACGGGUUCGCCUUGUGAGGUCUUUCGGGGGUCUCUUAUGUCGGCUCGGUUGUUGCCCCCCGGCAGCCAGAUCAGCUGGCGCGGGUGUGUUGUGGUGUCUGUCGGUCGGGAUUCUCUCAAAGCUUGAAACUUUUAGCCAAAUUUAGGCCGGGCUUGUCUGGCUAUAGGCUUGGGCCUCACCUUCUGGGCCGCGUCUUAGUCAAGUCGCUGCCAGCUUCGUGGGCUUCGCUAAUACUCUCACGCCGUCCCACAUGCGCGGCGCCACGGUCUUCGGCGCGUCACCCCGUCACGCAGGCGCACGCUCAUGCGUCGCUUGAAAAUGAAUGCUCCAGCGUGCGUCACGCUCUUGGCCUCAGGUGGGUGCGAGCGUACGGCUGUCAUAGGGUUGGUUCCUUCACAUGCGGGGGGUGAGGAUCCCCGGAGGGACCCUUUUUGGAGGUGUCUGCCGGGGGUGGGACACUUCUAAAGGCGUCCAUGGGGGCUUCCUCUGCUUCCUUCCAGCUGCCUGCGUGUACCCUCAAGGCCUUCUAUCAGCGUGCCUGGCUUGGAAGGUAGGCCUCUGAAGGUGGCAAAAGGCGAAAGGUUGGACCCCCGGGGCUGUGCGGCUUGUGCCUUCUCGGCCCUUGGUCAUGGGUUUGCUGGCUCUUGCCACGCAUUUGAUGAGGGCCGGCAACUCAGCAAAAGGGGCCAGGCUUUGGGAUUGUGGCUGCCUUCGGCGGCUUUCUACCCCGGAGGCCUCCGGCUUGCGGGGUGCGUCAAAACUUGGCGCGGGCGUCCCCUUGCGCCUCUCUGCAUGUUCCCAGCCUGCUCCUGGCGGGCCUCUGCUGACCCUUGCGGGCUUGGCUUGGGGGGCCUGCGUCUGGGGUAGAGGGCUGCUGAAGGCGGCCGCCGCGGUCUCUUGAAGCAGGUUGAUGACCAAGGGCCCGGAGGGUACAGACCACACAGCUGCUAAGGGGGUCUGUCCUUGCGUCUUUUGCCGCCUUCGGGGGCCUUCGCUCCACUCUUGGCGCACUGCUGCGGCUGUGAAGCACGUCGGCAGCUUGUGGGGCACACGCAGGCAGUUACCCGGACGAAGGCAGCGGAGGGGGCUCCCUGGACCCCUUGCGGAGUGGGACACCUUUGGAAGCCUGCCACCCCCAGCGCAUGCCUUCCAAAGGGGUCUCUCUGGGGGUCAGGCUACGCCCUCCCCUACGCUAGGGGGGGGCGCUACCCUGCACCCUGGAACGUUUCCAGUUGUUGUGAGUAUUCUUGUUGGGCGUAUUCUUUUAGGAGCAGAUAUUACUAUUGUUGAAAUAAAUUUUGAACCAAAUAAAACAUUGGAGGUAACUAACUAACACACCUGCAGCUAUCUUUAGCUGAGAUCUCUUGCUUCGUCACUAAUUAAUAUCCAGGUCAGCGCAGAGGAGAAGCACAAGCGGCACGGCUGCCAGAAAGUGUUUUUCUCAGAGGGCUUCAACGAUGAAAGGCGAAAACAAAUAGCAGCAGCCUUGCUUAGGCAAGUAGAAUUAUGGCCAGAUACAGACUCUAUUCUCUUUAUCUUCGAGUUCAAGUACUAGAGCAUCUCGGGACACGCCGUGUCCAGUAGACAGUAACACAGUGAAGGGUUGCAUCGGUCCAGAAUAUUGGACCGCCACGGCGGAAAUGAGUGAAAAUCUUCUAAAAAAAAAUAGAGGGGGCUGCGAGGUCAGCCCAGCGGUAGAAAGUUGUGCGAGCGGGAAGGACUGCAAAGGGCGGAUCACGUUCAUCAACCUGCCCGAUGCCGUCCAGGCAGCAGGCGCCGCGUUUGAACGCUCAAAUUGGUUUAAUUUUCGGGUUCUCCACAGCAUAGGCAUGAGUGACCAGGUGGGAGAAUUCGCUGAGUGGGGCAUGGGAGAUCUGACGACAAACAUCAAAAAAUACGACAAGGAUAAAUCCGGCAGUAUAUGUCCUGACGAGGCAGGUGAUGCGGUGUUGGAAGGCGGCUUGAGUGCGGCUGUAGAUAGCUUGAGCGAAGUGUUCGGCGGCGCUUCCCGCGGAAUGACGAAAAAAAUGGUGCAAACGUUCAGCGAGCUUCUGUCUAAAUGGAAGGCUCUGGGGGACGUCCGCUUGGAGGAGUUUUUCCGGCAGGAGAAUGUUACGCAUUGGGUUUUUUAGUCGAUGCACACACGUAAAGGUCCAUGAUCCUUGCCGCAACUUGGUUGAGAGACUGCGGCACACAUGAAAAACAUGCAAAGGCCUAAGGCAGUGGCCCUCUUUGGCGUGUCGCAUUCAUUGGAAAGCCCUUGGCCUGGUGAGAAACUUGGCUGAGGCUUCUCAGAGACCGCAAGGAUGGCACUGCUUUAGUGCUUAGGUUUAGCUUUUACGGUUUGCCUUCGGGUGACUUCUAACGCUUGAAGUUUAUACAACAAAGUCAGCCACUCUUAGAGUAGAGCCCCACUAGUAAUCUGGAUUCAAGUCCUUUCGUGUUCUUUUCCUCCCUCGGAAUUCAUUUCAAGGAGGAACGCGGAGAAGCGCCCCCGCAGCGCUUUCGGCAGCAACAGUCUCGUGGAGGACGAUGCGUCUCCGUGCAUUAGUCUCAAACAUCUUGGCUCGCCAUCAUCAGAAUCUGCUUCGCAGACGUCGGCGGCUCAGGACCAGGAUAGUACCACGGGGCCAGAAGGUGGCCAAAGUGGUGGUCAGGGGGGGCAAGUACAUCAACAACAUCAAGAACAUCAAGAACAUCAAGAACAUCAAGAACAUCAAGAACAUCAAGAACAUCAAGGACAUGAUCAUCAAGUAGAACUUGGAGGUGCUCCUGUCGAUGGGGCCACAGGAGAUGAAGAUGGAGAGCUAGGAGACGGAGUUGAAGGCAAAAAUGUUGAUGAACAUGGGCAUGGGCCCGCAGCUGCGGGAGACGGUCAUGAUCUCGAAAAGGCAGGUGAAGGUACAGCAGCGGCUGGGCAGAGUUCACAAACGGUUAAUCCACUCGACGUGAUCUCUCAACAAAUUGCGGGCCUUCGGCUCCGGAAGUACCUCCGCAAUCUGCUCCAAGGUGUACUUUCCGACGGCACGACGAUGAUCCAGAGCGUAGUAAGUGAGGAGAUCCCCAGUACCAAGAUGAACAUGAACAGGAAAUUCGACCCAAAAAAGAUGUUCGGUGUAUCGCAUGAAAUAAGUCAGCAGGCGGCGGCAAAUUCGGGUGAUCGUGGUGCUGAGGAUUCUGAGAUUUUUGAUGAUGGGCGUCAUUCUAUGGAACCUCUCUGAUCAUUCAUCAAUUCUUUCAUUGCAGACGCAGAGAAUAGGAAAGGACCGAAUCGGCAGCCGUAUGCGUACGUGCUCCCGUUGUAAUCAGAUUGGUUGUGGUACCGGUCCACGAGGACGACACUGCGACCACAAUGAACAAGCUAGGCACGUAAAACAAGCUUGAGAAGCUCGACCCAAGCUCGUUCAAGAAAUAUGUAGCGUUGAAUUAUAACCAUAACGGAAGAUCGAAUUGCAAUUGCUGAAGAGCUCAUCUCCCUCUGGGUAGCUUACUGUACACUUGUUUCUAAAACAGAAAAUUGACGACGAAUGAGACUACAGGUGCAGCGUGAUAAUUCUCCAACUCAUCAUAUUGAAAUCAUCCGACAGCG